CACUUCCUCUUUUUUCACUCUGAAGAUAGGAACUGCCCCAGGGCAGUCAAAAGAGAUGGGCAGAUUCCAGGCUGUGGUAGACCUGCUUCACCCGCUGGCCAGGGAGUGCUGAGGGCACCAGCUGAUUGCCUCCCUCCCUGCUUCUGUGGUAACUGAGGACCACCUUGCAGGCUAGCAGGAUGGAGCAAGCCUGUGAGAAGCAGGACUCAGUGUGCAACCUGGUGGCUGUGUUUGAGAACAACAGCAGGACUCCGGGAGCAGCACCUGGAUCCCAUAGCCUUGAGGACCAGCCCCAUAGCCCUGAACACCAGCUGUCCCUGUCCCCAGAGCCUUGGGAGGCACCCCCUGUCAAGGAGGCCUUGAAGUCUGAAUUCCGGCCAGUGAGCAGGAGAUAUCUGAGUUCCCUCAAGAACAAGCUAUCGAGUGGGGCUUGGAGGAAAUCCUGCCAGCCUGGGGUCAGCCCGGGGCCAGAGACACAGGAACCUGAGGAGAAGAGGGUCGUGCGGGAGCUUCUGGAGACGGAGCAGGCCUAUGUGGCUCGCCUGCACCUGCUUGACCAGGUGUUCUUCCAGGAGCUGCUGAGGGAGGCAGGCCACAGCAAGGCCUUCCCUGAGGACGUGGUGAAGCUCAUUUUCUCCAACAUCUCCUCCAUCUAUCGUUUCCACGCCCAGUUCUUCCUUCCCGAGCUGCAGCGGCGCGUGGAUGACUGGACAGCCACACCCCGCAUUGGGGAUGUGAUCCAGAAGCUGGCCCCGUUUCUGAAAAUGUACAGCGAGUACGUGAAGAACUUCGAGCGGGCCGCGGAACUGCUGGCCACGUGGAUGGACAAGUCUCAGCCCUUCCAGGAGGUGGUCACCCGCAUCCAGUGCAGCGAGGCCUCGGGCAGCCUGACCCUGCAGCACCACAUGUUGGAGCCUGUGCAAAGAAUCCCACGGUAUGAACUGCUGCUCAAGGAAUAUGUGCAGAAGCUGCCAGCCCAGGCCCCAGACCUCGAAGAUGCCCAGAGAGCACUGGACAUGAUCUUCUCAGCUGCACAACACUCCAAUGCAGCCAUUGCAGAGAUGGAGCGACUGCAGGGCCUGUGGGAUGUGUACCAGCGCCUGGGCCUGGAGGAUGACAUCGUGGACCCCUCCAACACCCUGCUCCGAGAGGGCCCUGUUCUCAAGAUCUCUUUCCGCCGCAGCGACCCAAUGGAGCGCUACCUGGUUUUGUUCAACAACAUGCUUCUGUAUUGUGUACCCCGAGUCCUCCAAGUGGGUGCCCAGUUCCAGGUGCGGACCCGCAUCGAUGUGGCCGGCAUGAAGGUGCGGGAGCUGACCGAUGCUGAGUUCCCACACUCCUUCCUGGUGUCCGGAAAGCAGCGCACACUGGAGCUGCAGGCCCGGUCCCGAGAUGAAAUGGUUUCCUGGAUGCAGGCCUGCCAGGCAGCCAUUGACCAGGUUGAGAAGCGGAGUGAGACCUUCAAGGCUGCUGUCCAGGGACCUCAGGGGGACACGCAGGAGCCCAAGCCGCAGGUAGAGGAGCUGGGUCUCCGAGCGCCUCAGUGGGUCCGGGACAAGAUGGUGACCAUGUGCAUGCGCUGCCAGGAGCCCUUCAAUGCCCUGACUCGUCGGCGCCACCACUGCCGGGCUUGCGGCUAUGUAGUGUGUGCCAAGUGCUCUGACUACCGUGCGGAGCUGAAAUAUGACAGCAACAGGCCCAACCGAGUCUGCCUGACCUGCUACACAUUUCUCACUGGAAACGUACUCCCUCAAGGCAAGGAGGACAAGAAGCGGGGCAUCUUGGAGAAAGAGGCCUCAGCAGCACCCGACCAGAGUCUGGUGUGCAGCUUCCUGCAGCUCAUAGGGGACAAGUGCAGCAGGAGCCUUCCCCGGAGCUGGUGUGUGAUCCCCCGGGAUGACCCCCUUGUGCUGUAUGUCUAUGCAGCCCCCCAGGACACAAAGGCUCACACCUCCAUCCCCCUACUGGGCUAUCAGGUGAUUUCCGGGCCCCAGGGGGACCCUCGGGUUUUCCAGCUGCAACAAUCAGGCCAGCAGUACACCUUCAAGGCCGAGUCUGUGGAGCUGCAGGGCCGCUGGGUGAGAGCUAUCAAGCGUGCGGCCAGUGGCCAGACCCCUGAGGGACCUGACGAAGAAGAUGUGUCUGACUGACUGAACCACAGCCAGCUGCUCAUUGAGAGUCCAUGACAGCCUCCCCAGGCCUACCCCAUGGUUCUGUCACUUCACCCCAAGCUGGGUUACCCCUGACCCACCUGAUGUCUAUACUGAGACAAUUCAUCCUGACUCUGCAUCCAGCAGACACAGGCCCUUUUCUUCAGGAAGAUACCACUAAGUGUCCCAGCUGGCUGGAGGGGGGGAGGGGGGCGGGAUAUCCCUGGAUCAUGAAAUAUUCAUUGCUAAAACAAUGUUGUAGCUUAAUGGGUGGCAUGCCCAUCUAACAUGGAUGAAGCCUUGGGUUCAGUCCUCAGCAAAACAUAAACUGGGCAUGGUAAUACAUGCAACAGUUGGGUAGGUAGAGGAAGGAGGACCAAAAGGCUGAGGUCACCCUGGCUAUAGAGUGAGUUACAGUCCAGCCUGGGCUACACAAGAACCUGAGUGCACAAAAAAAGUCAAAAUAAAAGAUGACAAGUACCAAUAA